CUCUCACUGAGAUAAGUGAUUGAACAUAAAUUCUGCUCUUAACUAAGAUGCUGAGAGAGAUCUUCUGUAAGAGGAAUAUUUUGAAUAAAAUUGGCAAAUUUAUCCCUGAGAAUUUCACACAUUACACAUUCUGAGUACUACUGAAUUGAGUUAAAUAGGUUGGCAACAGUAACAAUCAUGUUACAACAAAUAUGAUUGCCAUUUCUCUCUCCCUCUCUCAAGCCACCAAUCAUCUCGUGAACGAAGCGUGGAUGUUUCGAAACAGCUUGACAGCAAGCUCUUGAAACCGAGUGUCUCACGCUAGCAACUCGGCCGCUUGCAUGGAGAUCGUUAAUUGCAGGGGAGCCGGUCCCACCACCGUAGCCCGGGCCGGGGUCCCUUAGCAUGUACUGAGGCCAUCGUUUUCAGGCCAAAAAAUGGAGCUGGUUCUACUGGUCCGGACAGGCAGCAUUGCUUGCGACGGCAUUUCUGGAUGAGAUGCUUUUUUUUUGUUCAAAAUAUUUUUCGAGAUCGUGUCCUCUACAUCAAUCUCAUGAACCGGGAUCGACCAGGCGCGAACCGCCCAUGGAAACUCUGGAAGCGCUCAUCUAACCCUCCAAUAUUGGAUUGCAAAACUGUGAGGCUACACUUACACUAUACAAAGACCGGAAAUGUCGACUCAUUGGUCCCCAGCACCAGAAGGGUAGAUGAAGAUAUAGCCAACAAUCACACUCUUUUUUCAAUUUCCUGUUAACUACUACAAAAUAUUGCACAAAGGAUCAGAUUGGAAAGUGGAAUUUGAUUCGUGACAAUUGUGAUUGUUGCCUAAUGACGGACUUGCCAGGGGAGCCCCUUUUACCACCAAUAACGACCCCCAAAUACCCCGCUGCGUGGAUCCUGUCCCGAUACGAGCAGUCGGAAGCCUGAGCCAUUGUUUCGAAUUUCACAAGUCCGCUCUCGCGAGCGAAUGGGGAAAUGUUUAGCUGACUCGCGAUGGUUGAACGUCGGGAGGGAUACAGCCCAGCGUCCCUUUCAUUUUACCGAAGAUUCUUUCGUUCUUCCCUUCAUUAUUGACUCCUCCUUUGUCAGUGCGGUUCUUCAUCAGUCGUUCUGCAAAUUGGGCUUUUUUUUUGUCGUGAAAGGGACGACGUUCGUUCCUUUGGUGCAUUCUCUUCUCUAUUUUAUUUUUUAUUUUCCCUUUGGGCUUUUUCGUCUGUCUUUCUUUGCUGAGCUAGAAGCUCUGCAGUCGCUCGUUUGGUUAGGCAUCCUAGACGUUUACUCCGACGGGUAUAGUUGAGAAAACAAUAGGUCGGCUUGCUGUUGUUGGAUCUGGGCAGGAGUCCUCGUUAUAGGCGGAAAGUGUUUGAUAUUUUAGGCCUCAACCCUGUCAAGAAAACGAUUUCGACAAAAGCGCGGUUCUGAGACACCGCGAGUUUGGCAUUGACGGAGGGGGCAAUCAAUUAAUAUCCUCCAUCCAGGAAGCGUCCAUUAUUUGCGGUUUAGGUAAACCCCUUCCAGGACACCUCAGUACGUCCUCCUUGCUUCCCUGUAAUUCCUGCCAGGCGCAAAAAGGGCAGAUGCAGUCGAUAUUGGAUGUGAUAUUCAGCUUUACGUUGCAGGGGCGUGAUAGCCUUGCUUUACGUUCUCAAGGUGCCCGAGAGGAACCUCAGAGUCGAUCAUAUCUGAGCUGGGAAUUACGAAGCUGACCAGUGAUAUAGGCGUCGAAUACCCUCUGUCAACUAGUUUUUACAUCCAAAGUGACUUGAAGUCCUACUUAGAAUUCUUUGCGCUGGUUCUACACACCUGCUGGCUAGGCAAUUACCUCGAACUGUCUUUUUUUUUUAUUUUUUUUUAUCAGUGACUAGACUGUCACACCACAGUCCUUUGGCGCCCUGUGUUUAUACUGGCCUUGUACCUCGAAACAGUGAAUUCUGGGAUACGACCUGCAAACUGAUAUCAUUUUGCCCACGUGUCUGUCUUGGACCUCACUCUUUUUUGUCCUUCGUUUUUGGCUGAAUUUCCCAGCGAAUUUGACCCGGGUCCUCAAUAAUAUCGGUGACAUUGCCGCUUUCGCGUUCCUAUAUUUCCCUCAAUACAGGCCCGAGAAUCGAUAUGCAACCCGCUCCAGAUAUUCUCACAAGAUCUCGGCGUGUUCUAUAAAUCUUUCGACAUAUUUCGAGAUUAAACGUCUUUCUCGGAAACGCAAGAUACAGUAAUAUACCUGGCUUGUUAUGAGUGACACUAGUAGGGGGAAAGGAGGCGAGAGUGGAAGGAGAGAUGGCGGGUCGGUUCGUCGGGCGAGGGAGAGGAUGGAGGCUGGAGAGAGGGGGAUCCAACCAAUGGAGGAUAGCGACCUGGCCAGGUCUUCAGAAGCAACAUCUCAGGGUUCUCCGUCUAUACGACGUGUACCGCCUGCGCCGGGUGCGUUCAAAGCUCUCGACAAUUCGAGCAAUACCGCUGUGAUCUCAAAACCUUCGCCAGCCCAGCAAUGGCCACUUCGCGAUGAAAAUGCUAGGUCGACAAAUGAUGAAAGCGCUUCAGAAGAAAUGGUUAAUUUCUCAAAACGUCCGGCUCCUCAACGGCCUGCUCGCCCCGAUGAUAUUCCAUCAUUGUUUGAUUCUUCAAAGGUCCGUGAUACCACCCCUAGCAUCCCAUAUCGCCAGGGACAACAUUCAUCGUCUUUUCAGCGACUGCAAAACGGGCAGUCAAUGGCCCAAAGCCCAGAACAAAUUACGGAGUCUGCUGAUAAGGCAUCCGGAUCAGUUCACUCGGGAUCUCCCAAUGCCCCUCCCCCAAGCGCCAAAAUUACCCAGCCUACUCCCGCUGCGGCUCUGCCUCCGCCUAGAGGGAACCUCAAUUACCAUCCUCCCCCUUCAACACGUCGAGUAGGGCCCUCAUAUUACUCGAGUACUGCUUUCGUCUCACCUAUCCCUGAAGAAUCUCCUGAGAUCACACCGAGAAAAGGAGGCUCGUACGCGUCGAGUAAAGUCAUACCAUCUAGCUGGGAAACUGCGCCUCCUGACUCUGAUAUUCCUAGGUGGUCGGAUGAAGAUUUCUUAUUAAAUGAUGAUGAUAAGCCCGCUGAGACCCUUGUCAGGCAAGCCAGCUUAGGCAAGAGAGGCAAAGCGUCGCUUCGUACAAUAAAUAAAACACAAAGCGAUCAUUCUGUUGACAGCAAUCAGGCUACCAAGCUGGCGACUGACAAAAAUGCCAAUGAAAAUGUGGUAACUACGCCUAUUGCUGUGGCUGUAUCUGCAAAUUCAAAAGUGAUGAAACCUGCCUAUGAAAGUAGGAAUAUUCCAGCUAAGCCAGAACCACGACCCUCGGAUGAUUAUGCAUCGUCUUCAGACGAUGACUAUGAAAAGCCCCCAAUCCCUAUCAUGCAAUUUGAGUCCAAGCCUUCAAAGCCGACUUUGAAGAAGAUGGAAGGCCAAAGCUCCAACGUUUUGCCUAGGGAUAACGAAAAGAGGCGGCCACCCCAAAUUGACAUUGACGCCGUUCGACAGGCAGAAGCCAGAGGAAGCCUAACGAGUCUACCUGAGUUAAUCCGUCGUGCUACGAAGCUAGCAUCAAACCUUGACCGAGGAAAAACGGCGAGCAGGCUAGGAAUAUCGGAUUUCUUAAAUGCGAGUGAUGAUCGCCGAGGCCGGAAUUCCAGUUCCAUAUCUGAUAUUUUGGCUUCAUUCCCACCACCUGCAGUUGUUAAUCCAGCUGGUAAUGAUCGAUGGCCUGGUCCAUUUGCCGAUAAUGACCCUAGAUCCCGCUCGGACGCGGAAGAAGCACCUGAGAAAGGCGUGCGGCGGUGCUGUGGUUUCCCUCUCUGGGUAGUUAUCCUGACUUGCAUCAUUAUGCUUGCACUCAUUUCGGUCGCUGUUAUAAUCCCUGUCGCGCUUACAGCUCUUCCUCAAUCACCUGAAUCGGUAUCGGCGCCUCUUCCCCCUAAAAAUUGCCAAGAAACCCACCCUUGUUUGAACGGAGGUAUAAGCGUUGGGAAUCUAAGCUCAUGUGGAUGUGUUUGCGUCGAUGGAUUCGGCGGGGAUAGAUGCGCUAUUGCGGGAGAUAAUAGCUGCACUGCAAUCAAUCUCUCGAAUGAUUCCUUUGGCUUCCAAAAUGCAACGCUAGGUGCUUCUCUUGUACGCUUGUUCGAGGACUCCGAAGCAAACUUCAGCAUUCCGCUUGACACAUCCAAAAUCCUCCGCCUUUUCAACCGCGAAAAUGUUUCCUGCACAAGCCAGAACGCACUUGUGAUCUUUAAUGGAGCUAGUCGAAAACGAGACGAACAAGCAAUUUCGCAACCUGAUGCCAUCCAUGGUCGUGUUGCAAACUCGCCAUCGCCCACCAUAUACCGCAAAUCGAUCCGUAAUCGCUUUACCCACAACCACCGGCUUUCCGAGAGGCAAGCAAGAAAUCCUGACCUGCAGAACCCCACCCAAUCUUCAUUACCACCGUGGACCGCUCCAACAAAUUCCUCCCCCUUGCCGACAAAUUCCCCCAAAUUACUGGACUUUUCCCGAAUUGCUGUCCUGUUCAUAUUCGGGGAGACGGAGGACAUCGUUGAUGCAGUCAACGCACAUGAUUCGAUACAAUCCUUUCUCCAAAACCCGGCAGGGGAAUCAGAUAGGCGAAUGUGGUCCUUGGGGGUCAACUGCAGAUCGCAGGAUUUCAUCCUUGACUUUAAUAGGUUUACGAUCCGAUUGGAUAAUGGCACGAUUGUUGGCGGGACAUAAAUUAAAUUUCUCAUUUUCAAUCAUCAUUUUCAAUUUUGGUUCUUAAGUUCUCUCUCUCUCUCUUUCUCUCUUUCUCUUUUUCCAUUUUUUCUUUCUUUUUUUCUUUCUUUUUUCUUUUUUUCCAUUUUUUUUAAGCUAUAAAAGACCUCUCAGUUCCUACCUGCUGUUCCCAUCUUAUGACGAGAUUCGCUCUCCACUCCUCCCGUCUGUUUUUAACCCACCCCCUUCGAACCACAUUCUUCCAUGCAUCCUAACAAUCCGCCUUCUUUUUUCCAUUUUCCUUUUGGAUUUACAGUACUGAAUUGGUGCAGGUCCAGCCGUUUAGUAUUACCAUUGCCAUUUAUCUCCUACCCAGCUCACUUCGAGUCCGUUAGUGUUUUGUAGCCGUUUCAUCUCCUCAUGCUAUGCCAUGCACCUGCUUCUCCGCGCGUUGCUUCGCAUGGCAGCCCUAGCUAGAAAACAUAUUCCUUUGUGGAGCCCGUAUUUUCCAUUCGUCCAAGACGUAUACUGUGCAGGCACACUACUCUAGCGUAGGGACAGCCUUCAUAUUCACCCGUAACACUGCCCUUAUUCCUUAGGUGGCUUCUUGCAUUCAUUUCGUUAGAGC